CGUCAGCAGCGGUACAUAAGCCUCUCACCUGCCAGCAGAGCUCCGUCACUCGAGGAUCACCCCACUGAAGACAGCCAAGAUGAGAGUCACUGACAUGACAUUCAAGGAGGGGCAGGAGUUCAAAAUCCGCAUCAAGCCUUCAGAAGAAUGCAACUCCUUUUCCAUCAACAUCGGUCAUGAUCCCGAGAACAUCGCCAUGCACUUCAACCCUCGUUUUGAUGCAGGUGGUGACACCAACACCAUCGUCUUCAACUCCAUGUCUGGAGGAAGCUGGGGUGACGAGUGCCGGGAGGACAACUUCCCAUUUGUGCGUGGAGAGGAAUGCAAGUUUUACAUCAACAUGAACAUGGAAAACUUUUUCAUCAAGCUCCCUGACGGUACCAUGCUCAGCUUCCCCAACCGCCUUGGUGAUGUCAAGUACAAGUACUUCAACGUUGGCGGCGACGCCAGGAUCAUUGGCAUCAAGAUCAAGUAGAGGCUGAAUCCCUCCUGUUUGUUCCUGCAAGUCUGUUUUACAAAAGUGAGCCCUGAAGAUAACACCAGAGAUCAAGCGCUGAUGUUGUAAUUUGAGGAAAAUGCCUGAAGAGGGAGCCAGAGCACAUUUUUUUCCUGUGUGUCUGCAUUCUAUCUCAUCGCUCCCUGGGUUUAUCAAUAAAUGAAUGAA